AUGUCGGAGGCUAGCUCUUCGACGCUGGAGCUGAUUGACUAUCUUGUAUCAUAUGCUGGAUUGAUCUCUCUUGCAACAAUAUCUAUAUAUGCUGGCAGUUUUGCCUCAUUAAAGCUCCCGAAAUCAAAGAGUACAAGGUCUCCGGAUAAAGACUACGAGGAUGAGGACGAAGGACUAUCUGAGGAGAUUCGACUAGAAGAUGCAUACUGGCUGCCAAUCCUCGGCUCGGUCGUCCUGUUUUCGCUCUAUAUAAUCAUUCGGUAUAUAAGCGUCAAGUGGAUCAAUAUCGUCUUGCAAUGGUACUUCUCCAUCAUUACUGUUGCCUCUCUAUGGACCGCCUCGCGAAACUUUAUGAGGUUUUGUCUCGGCACUACACGCUGGCGUCAACUCCGGCCCUUGACUCUCUCUAUAACUCACGGAGACCAGCCCUUGGUACAUCUUCGCACUCCGACGAUCACUCUGUUCCUGCUCCCUUUCGUUCUCUACCCGUCCAUCGUAUAUAUCUUCUUCCCAUCCAUCAUGGAGUCUCAGCACGCAGUCUUGAUCAACAUCAUGGGCCUCUCACUCACUCAUACGGCCCUUGUUUCUAUCAAGCUUGACUCUCUUAUCACAGGCGUGGUAUUACUAUCUGGUCUUUUCCUCUACGAUAUCUGGUGGGUCUUUGGAUCCAAGCCAGUAUUCGGGUCCAACGUGAUGGUGACAGUCGCUCAAGGAUUAGAUGCACCGAUCAAGAUUUUGUUUCCUAAAUCCCGUCAUCUCCUUGGGAAUGACUAUACCAUGCUCGGCUUGGGAGAUAUCGUUGUCCCUGGAAUGUUCAUCGCCUUUGCUCUUCGCUAUGACUUGCAUAGAUCUGCGGUAAAAGAUCUUGGACAACGCUUCGCGAAGCCAUUCUUCAUUGCAACGCUCAUUUCCUAUAUCGUCGGGCUUGCUACCACUGUCGUGGUUAUGCAUACCUUUCACUCUGCACAACCCGCGUUGCUUUAUCUCAGUCCUGCUUGCAUUCUCUCUUUCUUGGCCACAGGGCUGAUUUAUGGUGAAUGGGCAGAGAUAUGGGCAUACUCGGAUACGCAGGAGGAGCAAAAUGUUGCAGGCGAUCAGAAAGAGAAGGUCGACUGA